AUGCCAUCUUUAUCCCAACCGUUCAGGUUAACGGUUCUACCAAAGAUUGCAUCACUAAGCAACUAUUCAUUACAAGGAGAUUACAUUCAAGUAACCAAAUCUACUUUCAAUCCAACCACGAACAAAGUUGUCAUCGGUGUGUCUGGUUCUGCCAUCUCUCAAUAUAUCAUUAAUCCUACACCAAAACUAAUAUUCAAUUACCCGAUUCCAUCCACUAAUAUCGUUACUGCAUGUGACGUCCUAGAGAAUGAUAAUGAUAAUACAAAUAAUGAAGUUUGGUGUUUCGGUUUAGUGGCUAAUAAAACAUAUACUUUGACUUUAAUCACUAAGGAUAAACAAAAAAGCUCUGCCACGAUGGAAGACGACGAGGAUGUUGUAGAUGUCAUUGAUACAACUAUCAAGGAUGAAUUUAACGUCAAACUUGAUAGUAAGAUCGUUGAUAUCAAGAUCAUAAAAAAAAAGGCAGAUGAUAUUUCCAUCAUGAUCGUUUUAGAAAAUGGGUUGAUUCAAUUUUUUAAUUCAUCCCUGAAACUUUUAAAUACCGUUAAGAUCAAUUAUAAAAAUGUUAAAUUUGUGGAACAUUUCAAAGAAGAUAACAAGGACUUUAUGUUUACCAUUUGUGAUUUAGGUGAUAAUAACAAAGUUUGUAUCAAAUUAUUCCAAAUUAAUAAUGAUAGUGCUAUUGAAUUAAACUCAAUAAUUAUGGAAAACUUUAAUGGACAAAAUGCUAAAUUUUGUUAUCAAUUUGGUAAAUUUUAUAAAUUGACCAAUAACAAUUUAAUGGUUUAUUCUUUACCACAAUUUCAAUUGGAACAUACUACUACCAUCCCAAUGAUAAAAACUGAUGAUCAAAUUGUUUCAAUGAAACCAAUCUCCACUAAUAGAAUCUUAUUAACUAUAAAUAAUAAAAUUUAUUUGUUAGAUCUAAUUCAUAAUUCUAUCCUAUCAGAAAGAGAAUUGACUCAUUUGAAAAGUUUACAAUUACUAAGAUCUGCAGUCAUUGGUAAAGGUGAAAAUAAUAAUAAAACAAUUACCAUUGGUGUCUCUACUAAAUUUGGUGUUAAUCCAACAUCGUCUUUGGAAAUUAUUAAUGUUGACGUAGGUUCUAACACUUUAAAAGAUUCCCUUGGGAAAUGUUUCCAAAACUUAAACUUACAAAAUCAAAUCCAAAUAAGUACUCAAGCCCUAAAGCCAUUAUUUGACCCAAACACUGAUGGAGAUAAAGAUGACGAUUUAUUUAAGAAACUUGUUACAAAGGAACAAUUCAACUAUGAUGAAAUUUUGACAAAAUUAUCAGAGAAUACAAACGAUAUUGGAAAAUUCGACGAGAUAUUCUUCCAAAGUUUUAAUAUUAAAAAGGAACAUUAUACAGAAAAUGAUAGAUUCAUAUAUAAUCAUGAAUUCUUCCUUAAAUUGAUUGAUUUGAUUUUUGAAAAAUUUGGAUCUACUGCUACCACAGCCCAGACAAAUGAAUAUCCAAAGACUUUAACAUUCUUAUUAACACACCCAUUAUUCCCAAUGGAACGUACUCAAUCUCUAUUAUCUAGGUUUGCAAAUCAUCCAAGAUUAUUCAAACAAGCUAUUGUUACCUGUCCGAACUUACCAUUACCUGAAUUAUUAAAUGAAUUAUUAACAAUAAAAAAUAAUGAGCUAUCAUUAGACAUAUCGUUAAGAAUCUUACAAGAUUAUUCCAAAGAUAGUAUAAAGCAAGAGCUAAGAAAUUUACCAAGAUUAGAAAUUGAAAAUUUUAUAGAUUUUAUACUUAAUGAUGAGAUUAAAGAUGAUCAAAAUAGUCCUCAAUUAUUCCAAUUGUUAGCAUUGGUUUUAGAUUCCAUUGGGUUAUUUGCAUUAAGUGAUAAUAUACUAGAGAAUUUAUCAGCAUAUAUUGACAGACAAGUUUCCAUUGUGGAGAAGAAUACAGAACUAUGGUAUUUGAUAGACUCUAAUAAUAACAUUUUCAGUCAUAAUAAGAAGGAUAAUUCUUUUUCCUCAGCAUCAGCGUCCACUAACAGUAAGAGUAAUAAUAUCAGUAGUAACAAUAAGAAAUCAUUUACACAAAAGGAAGCAUUACCAAUGUAUUCUGUCGAUUAUUUGGAACUGUGA